CCCUUCUCUUCUAGGCAACAACUACAUACAUCAGUAGCUGCUGCCAAAACCUAAAUAUCCCCAACUACCACGUUCUUCCUUCCCAAACUAACCACUAACCCUGCAGUCAUCAGCUCAUGCAGUCAGCCGCGAGGGUGAGACAAACUGGCAAGACGACGAUGAUGAUCUAGAAGAACCUACCAGCUUCAAACCGAGGUGUUAUAAACAAAACAGACGACACAACCACUAUCGCCAGCACUAUCACGACGGCAUCACCAUCACCAGCCAACACCAACACCACCACCACCAUGGGCAGCACCCUCACCUCCCCCCCAAAGCACACCCUCUACUUCGCCUACGGGUCCAACCUCUCCCCCACCCAAAUGCACUCCCGCUGCCCCUCCUCCCCCCUCCACACCUCCCCCCUCGCGACCCUCCCCAACCACGAAUGGUUCAUCGGCGAGCGGGGAUACGCCAACAUCCGCCCCUGUCCCGGGCGACAAGUGGUGGGGUUACUGUAUGUGAUGGACCCCGCGGAUGAGGAGGGGUUGGAUGAGGCGGAGGGGGUGCCGUGGGCGUAUGAGAGGAGGGGGAUGGGGGUGUUUGUGCAGGGAGAGGAGGGGAAGGUGAGGGUGUUGGUUUAUGUUGAUCCUAGAAAGGGGGAGGGGAGGGCGAGUGGGGAGUAUAUUGAGAGGUUGAGGAGGGGGAGGGAGGAGAGCGGGAGGUUGGGGUUGGUGGUGGGGGAGACGUGGGGGGAGGGGUGGGAUGAGAUGUGA